UCCAGCGAGCACCAGCUGCUCGGCACUCCGGGCUCCGCUGCUCCGCUCCGCGCCCCGCCGGCCUCCCCGCCGCUCCAACUUUUGCACCCUCUGCUCCCUCAUCCCCUGCUCCUGCCCCCGGAGCUGGGAAGGGACAGACGGAAGCGGGGAGGGGAAAAAGGAAAAAAAAAAAAAAGAAGGCACCGACAAUAACAGCCCCCCCUCCCCCUCCCCAUUCAAAAACACAACAUAAACCCCAGGGAUAGAUGAACUACAAAUGAGAAAGAGGAAAAGAUGGAACUGCACAUCCUAGAGCACAGGCUCAGAGUGGCCAGCAUAGCCAAGGAGAGCAUCCAGUUGUUUACCUAUGGAUUAAUCAAACUUGCUUUCCUGUCCUCUAAGACGAGGUGCAAGUUCUUCAGCCUCACAGAAACCCCUGAGGACUACACCAUCAUAGUGGAUGAAGAGGGCUUCCUAGAGCUUCCUUCCUCGGAGCACUUGAGCGUGGCCGAUGCAACAUGGCUUGCCCUCAACGUGGUGUCUGGUGGAGGUGGUUUCUCUAGCUCCCAGCCCAUCGGAGUGACCAAAAUUGCCAAGUCAGUCAUAGCACCCCUAGCUGACCAAAACAUCUCAGUGUUUAUGCUCUCCACCUAUCAGACGGACUUCAUCCUGGUGCGUGAGCGAGACCUGCCCUUCGUGAUGCACACGCUGGCUGCCGAGUUCACCAUCCUCAGAGUAGUGAAUGGGGAGACUGUGGCUGCUGAUGACUUUGGGGUAACAAAUGGAUUUGUCAAACCAAAACUAGUUCAGAGGCCUGUCAUUCAUCCUCUUUCCAGCCCAAGUAACAUGUUCUGUGUCACCAGCCUGGAUCCAGAUACCCUUCCCACUGUUGCUACACUCCUGAUGGAUGUCAUGUUUUACUCCAAUGGAGUAAAAGACUCAGUGGUGGGCAACGAAGACUCGGGACAUAUUCGCUUUUUCUCCUUUUCUCUCAUUGAGGGUUACAUCUCCCUGGUCAUGGAUGUCCAGACACAGCAGAGAUUUCCUAAUAAUUUGUUGUUUACAAGUGCAUCUGGUGAGCUCUGGAAGAUGGUGAGGAUUGGUGGGCAGCCUCUUGGCUUUGAUGAAUGUGGAAUUGUCGCUCAGAUUUCUGAGCCUCUGGCCGCAGCCGACAUCCCAGCCUACUACAUCAGUACUUUUAAGUUUGAUCACGCCUUGGUACCUGAAGAAAAUAUAAAUGGUGUGGUCAAUGCACUCCAAGUCAGUCAAGCUGAAAAGCAUUAGAAAUCUUCUGAGCUGGUUCCAGAUGCUUUUUAUUAUUCUAAUAAUAAUAAUAAUUAUUAUUAUUAUUCUUUUUUUCUCACAGUAUUUCUUGAAAAAUCUGAUUACAGAGAGUGACAUGAAAAGAGACUGUGGAAAGUUGAGCAGAAACAGCUCCAAUAAGCCUUUGUUUUAAUUAUUAUUAUUAUUAUUUUUAUUAUUAUUAUUAUUAUUAUUAUUAUUAUUAUUGUUAUUUUAUUAAAUUUAUGAAUGAGGGGCAGGAGGAGAGGGAGUUUGUAUGGUUUCCUGAUGUUCAGCUCCGAGGUGAAGUGAACCCUGGCUGUGCUCAGUGUGGAAGGAGCUGCCCGGGGACACCUGGGGACACCCAGGGACACCCAGCACGGAUGGCCCUGGGCACACUGUGAGAGCAGUGGGGUGGGCCAAGAGCAGAUGGACAGGCUGCUGCCUCAGAGAGCCCUGAACACCAGAAACAAAGUGAAAUAUGGAAUUAAACAGAAAAGACGUCGCAUAGUACUGGCUUGUCUCCUUGCAUCAGACUUCUGAGGCCUGUCCAUCACUGCCUGUGUUGAGAUAGGAUGCAGAGGGUUCUGUUUCUGCUGACAGAACAAUUUGGUGUUGGAAAAGAGGAAAAUAUCCAAUUGUUUGACAUUUCCCUUUUUCUUUCUCCCUGUUGUCAAAGCCUGGCUGCUCUGAGAAAGCCUGGGCGGGGGAGCUCAGCUCUGGCCAGCUCCUGGCAGGUGGUGUCACCCAGACUUGUGUCUGCAUUGAAACUUGGCUGGUUUGGGUCAAUGUUUUCCAGUCACUCCCUCACUGUUCCGAGUAUUCUCCUGCCAUAUCCCCUGCUCCAGGACAGCUGUUGUCCUCUUAUCCCACAUCAGAGCCUUCCCCCAGCCCUUGUUCCUCAGGGCCAGCAAGAGGAGGAAGGGCUCUUUUCUCCUGUCCCCUCAGGCUUUUUCCCAUCCAGUGUGCACACAUGGGGAAAUAAAGGAUUGCCCAGGAUCCCUGGGUAGCUGCUCUUGCACAUCCAGGCCACCUUGGCCAAGAGCCAGAGCAGGUUCCCUCUGCUAGGGCCAGGAGGGUGCCUGAGUCUUGUGGGGACCCUCCUGCAGUUUUUCAUCACACAGGUGGAAAUUGCUGCUGCCUGGGGAAAGUAAAGUGGUGCUGAAAAUGCCUAAAACCUGCUGGCAUCUGGUCCUGCACAGGAAGAUGAUGGGGCUUUUGCCAUGGGGAAGCAGUAGUGUGUUUUCUCUGGCUUGUACCAGGGCUGAGGGCCAGCAGGAGCCUGGCAUCAAGGCCCACAGUGGCACCUGUGUCCAGGUUGUGCCAUGGCCACUGCCAGCACUGUGGAGGAGCAGUGCUGGGAGAGAAGUGUUACCCAGGGUGUGGGUGCCAGCACUCUGCUCCACUGUGACAUGCAACGAGGGCUGGUGAGAGGAGAAGCUGUCUGCAGAGGACCUUGCUCUUGUGAUUACCAGCCCCAGCUUAUCUUGCAUUUCUUAACUUCUUCCACUUCAGGCUUGACAUAAAGAAUUUGCAGAUCUUGCCUUUUUCCCCAGGGCUUUCCAGCCAUGCUUCAGAGACAGCCUCUGGCAGGAUUUUCCUGAGGCUGUGCCAUAUACAGCUGUGAGCCAGGGUUUAAUCUGGAGGCAGUAAGCAAACACCUGGGAUCAUGCCAUGGGCAUGGUUUUUACUGGUGUGUAGGACAAGCAAAUACACACACAGAGCUGGUUAAUUAGUUCUGCAUUCACAGUACUGGAGGGCCAAGCAGUUAUGGUUUCUGAUGCUGCUGGACUCAAACUGAGUUUCAAAUCUGAUUUUUCACCAGUGGGAUGUUUUGUGGUAUGUAGACAAUGAGUCAGAGCAUCCAUGAAAAAAGCAUGGAUGACUUUCCUUGCUUGGCCCUACUGGAGCUGAAGCAUCCCUGCUGAGGAACACUGGGGCACAUGUUCAUGUUUUACCAAACAGGA